AUGACCGGCCGUGGCAAAGGUGGUAAGGGACUCGGAAAAGGUGGCGCUAAGCGACACAGAAAGUUCUUCGCGAUAAUAUCCAAGGUAUUACAAAGCCGGCUAUACGUCGUCUUGCUCGCCGUGGCGCGCGUCAAGCGUAUCUCGGGUCUAAUCUACGAAGAGACCCGCGGUGUUCUGAAAGUGUUUCUCGAGAACGUUAUCCGCGAUGCAGUCACAUACACCGAGCACGCCAAGAGGAAGACCGUAACCGCUAUGGAUGUCGUAUAUGCGCUCAAACGUCAGGGUCGUACACUGUACGGUUUCGGCGGUUAAAUUGAUCAA